AUGGCGAAAGUCAUAGUUCUUUGUUCCUUAUUAGUCGCUGUAUAUGGCAGCAUCAUUCCUCCAUUUCCAGGAUUUUUGAAUCCAAUACAAGAUAUAAAGCAAUAUCAACAAAAAACUAUAAGCACACUCACUGAUGCCAAAAAAGAGGCAAUUUUCCAUGUCAAUGAGUUGAAAAAAAUUGGUAUUACAACAAACGAAGAAGCAGACAAAACAUUCAACGACAUAUUGCGCAGGGUAACCUUCAAAAUCCGUGUCCUACACAAGAAAGCACAUGGUGCUAAUAUUGACCAGUGCACAGACCUGGCAAAAGAAAUAAAUAACACAGCAAGCAAAAUCAUUCGAAAGGUUGAUAAAUGCGUUUCAAAAACUAUUCACGAAGCAACAGACAUCGCAGAUGAAGUCACCGAAAUAUCAGAAAACAUUCUCAAUGGCUUACAAAAUGCCAAUCAGAUGGUAGAACAAUGCGUUUCAUCUGGUCCAUUUCUGCCUGAUAUUAUUGCAUGUUUAAAUCAGGCAAUGCAUAAUGCAAUACACAUAUCAUUUGAAGAUCUUCACAAGGAAGCAAAGAAGACUCUGAAAAUGGUUAGCCAUAUCAACGGUCUAAUGCAUUCAAUGGAACACUGCACUGUAGCAAAAUUCCUACCAUCAUUCCUAAAACUUGUUAGCGAAAUUUUACACCAGAUAGAAAAAUGCACAAGGCAGGAGAUUUUCCAUUAUAGAACAACACAAUGGCCCAACACUCGAACAACAGAAACAUUUACAACAAAGCACAGCGUUCCUAGUACUACUGAGAAACUUAGAACAACUACUACUGAAAAUCCAAUAUCAAGCACAACAGAAAAACCAGCUCCGAGUACAACUGAACAACUUGUAACUGGAAGUACAAAGUCAUGGAGUUUCAGCACUCCUGAACAACUGGUUUCUAGUACUACUAAACAAGUAGUAACAGGAACACCUGAACCCGUUAACCCACGUUCGACCGAAGUCACCGCUAGCAGCUCUACGCAAUCAACAACUAAUGUUUCUAAGAAAUCCGUGAGUACACCCUCCACUGAGCAGCCAACAUCGAGUACCACUGAACAACCAGCUCCAGGCACAACUGAACAAGCAGCAUCAAGCUCGACUGAAGAACCAGCACAAAGUAUCUCGACCGAACAACCUGCUUCUAGAACUACGGUACAACCAGUUUCGGGUACUACAGAACAAGCAGCAUCAAGCUCGACUGAACAACCAGCACAAAGUGUCUCGACCGAACAACCUGCUUCGAGAACUACGGUAGAACCAGUUCCGAGUACCACUGAACAACCAGCUUCCGACACUACAGAACAAGCAGCAUCAAGCUCGACUGAACAACCAGCACAAAGUGUCUCGACCGAACAACCUGCUUCGAGAACUACGGUAGAACCAGUUCCGAGUACCACUGAACAACCAGCUUCCGACACUACAGAACAAGCAGCAUCAAGCUCGACUGAACAACCAGCACAAAGUGUCUCGACCGAACAACCUGCUUCGAGAACUACGGUAGAACCAGUUCCGAGUACCACUGAACAACCAGCUUCCGACACUACAGAACAAGCAGCAUCAAGCUCGACUGAACAACCAGCACAAAGUGUCUCGACCGAACAACCUGCUUCUAGAACUACGGUACAUCCAGUUCCGAGUACUACAGAACAAGCAGCAUCAAGCUCGACUGAACAACCAGCACAAAGUGUCUCGACCGAACAACCUGCUUCGAGAACUACGGUACAACCAGUUCCUAGUACCACAGAACAACCAGCUUCGGACACUACAGAACAAUCAGCAUCAAGCUCGUCUGAACAACCCGCACAAAGUGUCUCGACCGAACAACCUGCUUCGAGAACUACGGUACAACCAGUUCUGAGAACCACAGAACAACCAGCUUCGGACACUACAGAACAAGCAGCAUCAAGCUCGUCUGAACAACCCGCACAAAGUGUCUCGACCGAACAACCUGCUUCGAGAACUACGGUACAACCAGUUCUGAGAACCACAGAACAACCAGCUUCGGACACUACAGAACAAGCAGCAUCAAGCUCGUCUGAACAACCCGCACAAAGUGUCUCGACCGAACAACCUGCUUCGAGAACUACGGUACAACCAGUUCUGAGAACCACAGAACAACCAGCUUCGGACACUACAGAACAAGCAGCAUCAAGCUCGUCUGAACAACCCGCACAAAGUGUCUCGACCGAACAACCUGCUUCGAGAACUACGGUACAACCAGUUCUGAGAACCACAGAACAACCAGCUUCGGACACUACAGAACAAGCAGCAUCAAGCUCGUCUGAACAACCCGCACAAAGUGUCUCGACCGAACAACCUGCUUCGAGAACUACGGUACAACCAGUUCUGAGAACCACAGAACAACCAGCUUCGGACACUACAGAACAAGCAGCAUCAAGCUCGUCUGAACAACCCGCACAAAGUGUCUCGACCGAACAACCUGCUUCGAGAACUACGGUACAACCAGUUCUGAGAACCACAGAACAACCAGCUUCGGACACUACAGAACAAGCAGCAUCAAGCUCGUCUGAACAACCCGCACAAAGUGUCUCGACCGAACAACCUGCUUCGAGAACUACGGUACAACCAGUUCUGAGAACCACAGAACAACCAGCUUCGGACACUACAGAACAAGCAGCAUCAAGCUCGUCUGAACAACCCGCACAAAGUGUCUCGACCGAACAACCUGCUUCGAGAACUACGGUACAACCAGUUCUGAGAACCACAGAACAACCAGCUUCGGACACUACAGAACAAGCAGCAUCAAGCUCGUCUGAACAACCCGCACAAAGUGUCUCGACCGAACAACCUGCUUCGAGAACUACGGUACAACCAGUUCUGAGAACCACAGAACAACCAGCUUCGGACACUACAGAACAAGCAGCAUCAAGCUCGUCUGAACAACCCGCACAAAGUGUCUCGACCGAACAACCUGCUUCGAGAACUACGGUACAACCAGUUCUGAGAACCACAGAACAACCAGCUUCGGACACUACAGAACAAGCAGCAUCAAGCUCGUCUGAACAACCCGCACAAAGUGUCUCGACCGAACAACCUGCUUCGAGAACUACGGUACAACCAGUUCUGAGAACCACAGAACAACCAGCUUCGGACACUACAGAACAAGCAGCAUCAAGCUCGUCUGAACAACCCGCACAAAGUGUCUCGACCGAACAACCUGCUUCGAGAACUACGGUACAACCAGUUCUGAGAACCACAGAACAACCAGCUUCGGACACUACAGAACAAGCAGCAUCAAGCUCGUCUGAACAACCCGCACAAAGUGUCUCGACCGAACAACCUGCUUCGAGAACUACGGUACAACCAGUUCUGAGAACCACAGAACAACCAGCUUCGGACACUACAGAACAAGCAGCAUCAAGCUCGUCUGAACAACCCGCACAAAGUGUCUCGACCGAACAACCUGCUUCGAGAACUACGGUACAACCAGUUCUGAGAACCACAGAACAACCAGCUUCGGACACUACAGAACAAGCAGCAUCAAGCUCGUCUGAACAACCCGCACAAAGUGUCUCGACCGAACAACCUGCUUCGAGAACUACGGUACAACCAGUUCUGAGAACCACAGAACAACCAGCUUCGGACACUACAGAACAAGCAGCAUCAAGCUCGUCUGAACAACCCGCACAAAGUGUCUCGACCGAACAACCUGCUUCGAGAACUACGGUACAACCAGUUCUGAGAACCACAGAACAACCAGCUUCGGACACUACAGAACAAGCAGCAUCAAGCUCGUCUGAACAACCCGCACAAAGUGUCUCGACCGAACAACCUGCUUCGAGAACUACGGUACAACCAGUUCUGAGAACCACAGAACAACCAGCUUCGGACACUACAGAACAAGCAGCAUCAAGCUCGUCUGAACAACCCGCACAAAGUGUCUCGACCGAACAACCUGCUUCGAGAACUACGGUACAACCAGUUCUGAGAACCACAGAACAACCAGCUUCGGACACUACAGAACAAGCAGCAUCAAGCUCGUCUGAACAACCCGCACAAAGUGUCUCGACCGAACAACCUGCUUCGAGAACUACGGUACAACCAGUUCCGAGUACCACAGAACAACCAGCUUCGGACACUACAGAACAAGCAACGUCAAGCUCGACUGAACAACCAGCACAAAGUGUCUCGACCGAACAACCUGCUUCGAGAACUACGGUAGAACCAGUUCCGAGUACCACUGAACAACCAGCUUCCGACACUACAGAACAAGCAGCAUCAAGCUCGACUGAACAACCAGCACAAAGUGUCUCGACCGAACAACCUGCUUCGAGAACUACGGUAGAACCAGUUCCGAGUACCACUGAACAACCAGCUUCCGACACUACAGAACAAGCAGCAUCAAGCUCGACUGAACAACCAGCACAAAGUGUCUCGACCGAACAACCUGCUUCGAGAACUACGGUAGAACCAGUUCCGAGUACCACUGAACAACCAGCUUCCGACACUACAGAACAAGCAGCAUCAAGCUCGACUGAACAACCAGCUCAAAGUUUCUCGACCGAACAACCUGCUUCGAGAACUACGGUAGAACCAGUUCCGAGUACCACUGAACAACCAGCUUCCGACACUACAGAACAAGCAGCAUCAAGCUCGACUGAACAACCAGCACAAAGUGUCUCGACCGAACAACCUGCUUCUAGAACUACGGUACAACCAGUUCCGAGUACUACACAACAAUCAGCAUCAAGCUCGUCUGAACAACCCGCACAAAGUGUUUCGACCGAACAACCUGCUUCAAGAACUACGGUACAACCAGUUCCGAGUACCACAGAACAACCAGCUUCGGACACUACAGAACAAUCAGCAUCAAGCUCGUCUGAACAACCAGCACAAAGUGUCUCGACCGAACAACCUGCUUCGAGAACUACGGUAGAACCAGUUCCGAGUACCACUGAACAACCAGCUUCCGACACUACAGAACAAGCAGCGUCAAGCUCGACUGAACAACCAGCACAAAGUGUCUCGACCGAACAACCUGCUUCGAGAACUACGGUAGAACCAGUUCCGAGUACCACUGAACAACCAGCUUCCGACACUACAGAACAAGCAGCGUCAAGCUCGACUGAACAACCAGCACAAAGUGUCUCGACCGAACAACCUGCUUCGAGAACUACGGUAGAACCAGUUCCGAGUACCACUGAACAACCAGCUUCCGACACUACAGAACAAGCAGCGUCAAGCUCGACUGAACAACCAGCACAAAGUGUCUCGACCGAACAACCUGCUUCGAGAACUACGGUAGAACCAGUUCCGAGUACCACUGAACAACCAGCUUCCGACACUACAGAACAAGCAGCGUCAAGCUCGACUGAACAACCAGCACAAAGUGUCUCGACCGAACAACCUGCUUCGAGAACUACGGUAGAACCAGUUCCGAGUACCACUGAACAACCAGCUUCCGACACUACAGAACAAGCAGCGUCAAGCUCGACUGAACAACCAGCACAAAGUGUCUCGACCGAACAACCUGCUUCGAGAACUACGGUAGAACCAGUUCCGAGUACCACUGAACAACCAGCUUCCGACACUACAGAACAAGCAGCGUCAAGCUCGACUGAACAACCAGCACAAAGUGUCUCGACCGAACAACCUGCUUCGAGAACUACGGUAGAACCAGUUCCGAGUACCACUGAACAACCAGCUUCCGACACUACAGAACAAGCAGCGUCAAGCUCGACUGAACAACCAGCACAAAGUGUCUCGACCGAACAACCUGCUUCGAGAACUACGGUAGAACCAGUUCCGAGUACCACUGAACAACCAGCUUCCGACACUACAGAACAAGCAGCGUCAAGCUCGACUGAACAACCAGCACAAAGUGUCUCGACCGAACAACCUGCUUCGAGAACUACGGUAGAACCAGUUCCGAGUACCACUGAACAACCAGCUUCCGACACUACAGAACAAGCAGCGUCAAGCUCGACUGAACAACCAGCACAAAGUGUCUCGACCGAACAACCUGCUUCGAGAACUACGGUAGAACCAGUUCCGAGUACCACUGAACAACCAGCUUCCGACACUACAGAACAAGCAGCGUCAAGCUCGACUGAACAACCAGCACAAAGUGUCUCGACCGAACAACCUGCUUCGAGAACUACGGUAGAACCAGUUCCGAGUACCACUGAACAACCAGCUUCCGACACUACAGAACAAGCAGCGUCAAGCUCGACUGAACAACCAGCACAAAGUGUCUCGACCGAACAACCUGCUUCGAGAACUACGGUACAACCAGUUCCGAGUACUACACAACAAGCAGCAUCAAGCUCGUCUGAACAACCAGCACAAAGUGUUUCGACCGAACAACCUGCUUCUAGAACUACGGUACAAUCAGUUCCGAGUACUACAGAACAAGCAUCAUCAAGCUCGACUGAACAACCAGCACAAGGUGUCUCGACCGAACAACCUGCUUCAAGAACUACGGUACAACCAGUUCCGAGUACCACAGAACAACCAGCUUCGGACACUACAGAACAAGCGAUGUCAAGCUCGUCUGAACAACCAGCACAAAGUGUCUCGACCGAACAACCUGCUUCGAGAACUACGAUACAACCAGUUCCGAGCACUACGGAACAACCAGCUCCAGGCACUACUGAACAAUCAGCAGCAAGUUCCACUGAUCAACCAACUUUAAGGACAACUAAACCACCUGUAACGGGAACUACAAAGCCAAGCGGCUCGAGCACUCAUGGACGAUCUGUCUCUAGUACUACCGAGCAAGCAGCAACAGGCAUACAACCAGUUCCGAGCACUGCGGAACAACCAGCUCCAGGCACUACUGAACAAUCAGCAGCAAGUUCCACUGAUCAACCAACUUUAAGGACAACUAAACCACCUGUAACGGGAACUACAAAGCCAAGCGGCUCGAGCACUCAUGGACGAUCUGUCUCUAGUACUACCGAGCAAGCAGCAACAGGCAUAACUGAAUCUUUUGGCCCUCUAUCAACUGAAGUGACUGCUAGUAGCUCUACACAAUCAACAACUACUGUUUCUACGAAGCCUGUGAGUACAUCUCCCACUAAUCAGCCAACACCGCGCGUUACGGCACAACCAGCUCCGCGCACUACUAAACAACCAACAUCAAGCUCGACUGAACAAUCAUCUUCCAAAACCACUACACGAUUAUGUACCAGUACGCCUAAACAACCUGUUACGGGAAGUACGAAGCAAAGCAAUUCGACCAAUUCGAAACAACCUGCUUCGAUAUCUACAGCGAAAACAGCAAAGGGAACAACUAUUCCCAUUAGCCCCCAAACCAAUCAUGAGCCAGCGACAGGUACUACGAAAUCAGCGAGAACUACAGGACAAACAAAUACUCCCUCGUCUAAACAACCAGCUCCGCGUACUACUGAAACGCCAGUUCCCAGCACCACUCAUUCACCAACUACAAGCACGGUUGUACCACCAACUUCAGCAGUAUGGCACAAGCUGUUUCGAGCACUGGUGUAUGAUCAACAUCUAGUACUACUGGAUUACGUGUAA